AUGGGGUGUGCGCAAUCUAGGGUUGAUAACGAAGAAGCGGUAGCGAGAUGCAAGGAGCGUCGCAACGUCAUCAAGGAAGCCGUUACGGCGAGCAAGGCAUUCGCGGCGGGGCAUUUCGCCUACGCCAUUGCUUUAAAGAACACCGGAGCCGCUCUCAGCGACUACGGCCAUGGAGAAUCCGACCAAACCUUAGAUGACGAUGUUGUCGUCUUGGACCAAAGCCAUUUCGAGAAACAGAGUGAUGAUCCUAUCGCUACUCCUCAGCCUCCUCCUCCUCCGCCUAUAGAGAAUCUCCCUCCUCCCCCUCCUCCUCUCCCGAAGUUCUCUCCUUCUCCGAUUAAACGCGCUAUUAGCUUGCCGACCAUGGCUGUUAGAGGAAGGAAGGUUAAGGGUGGUGGUGUUGAUGGUAUGGCGAUUGAGGAGGAAGAUGAAGAGGAAGAGGAGGAUGAGGAGGAGGAGGUGAAGGAAGAAGAGGAGGAUUCGCCGAGGACGCCGGAGAAUGUUGGGAAAGGAAGGAAGAGACAGGAGACGCCGGAGAUUGUGAGUGCUUCUCCUGGGGCUUGGGAUUACUUUUUCAUGGUGGAGAAUGUGCCUGUCCCUGUGCCUAUGCCUAACUUAGAAGAUAGGUAUCAGUUCAGUGAAGAGCAAGAAGAAGAAGAAGAAGAAGAUGAGCCAAAGACGCCGGUGAAUGUUGAAGAGGAAGAGGAGGAU